GGUAGAAAGUCGCUCAACACUUGCUGUUUCGUUCGUGAAAUAACUUUCCAAAGUCGUUGAAUUGGGCGCUAAAUAUAAUAAGCAUCCUGUGCCAUGAGUGAUAAAGAAAAAUCCCGUCGAAAAAGACGGACCAGUGAACCGGAUGCUGAGGAACAGAAUGGUGAGCCAAAGGAGAAGGCCACUCGGCCGGCGUCACCUGAAGAGAGCAAGGAAGACGACGAGGACGGCGAUGACGACGGAUGGAUUGGCCCUUUGCCGUCGGCAGCCGCGCUACCCAAGAAGAAAAAAGUGUUGCAGUUUGAAAAAUUGUACAUCGAAAGCCUGCCGGAUUCAGAGUGCUACGAGAAAUCGUUUAUGCACCGGGACACCAUCACUCACCUGGUGGUGACGAAAUCGGAAUUCAUCGUGACGGUCAGUGUAGACGGUCAUGUUAAAUUUUGGAAAAAGAUGGAGCUGGGUAUUGAAUUCGUGAAGCAUUUCCGCAGUCAUCUCGCCCCAAUCGUCUGUCUGGCUGUGAAUUGCGCGGGAACGUUCCUGUGCACGGCGUCGGUAGACAAGAGCAUCAAAGUGUUCGAUGUGAUCAACUUCGAUAUGAUCAACAUGAUCAAGCUGGAGUACGUGCCGUAUCGGGUCGAGUGGAUCCACGGCAUGGGCGAUGUGUUGAGUUAUUUGGCAGUAGCGGAUCAAGAUUCGCCUGUCAUUAGAGUUUACUCUGGCAACGGAACAAACACUCCACUGUAUACGCUCGAAAAACUGCACACCAAACCGGUGGUGAUGAUGCGCUACAACUCCACCUUCGAGGUGACCGUUUCGAUCGAUAAAGCGGGUAUUCUGGAGUACUGGUACGGGCCGCGACACGAUUUUAAAUUCCCCACCAAGCUCGUCCACUUCGACUCGAAGCUCGACACCAGCCUGUACGAGUUUGCGAAGAACAAAACGAUCGUGACAUCGUUAAGCUUCUCGCCGGAUGGUAAGAAGUUCGCCACCAUUUCCACCGACCGUCAGGUACGCGUGUUCGGCUUUCUGAGCGGGAAGCUGUUGCGUGUGUACGACGAAAGCUUGGCACGGUACAGUGAAAGCCAGCAGCUGUCACAAACGCUUUCGAACAUGGAGUUUGGACGGCGGAUGGCGAACGAGCGCGAUCUGGAGAAGUCGGAUGCGUUUGCGAAUACAAACGUAGUGUUCGACUAUAGCGGCCACUUUGUCAUGUACCCGACGAUGCUAGGAAUCAAGCUGGUUAACAUCGACACGAACCGGUGUGCAAAAAUCAUUGGUAAAAACGACAAUUUACGACCAUUGAAUCUGGCAUUGUUCCAGGGUAAAGUAAAAUUUUCCAAAGCGGCAACAACCCUCGAACAAGAGGCAUCGGACAAUAAAGCUGCACAAUCCACCCCAAACGAUCCCACGCUGUUCUGCACAGCGUACAAGAAACAACGAUUCUAUCUCUACACGCGACGGUUGCCGUCCGACUUGCAGGACAUGGAACGUGACGUGUUCAACGAGAAACCGUCCAAGGAGGACAUUAUUUCCGUCACCGAAGGGCAAGGAGUUCAAAAGAUCUACGAAAACGCUGUACUGCACACCACGAUGGGGGACAUUCAUAUGCGUCUGUUCGGCAAAGAGUGUCCCAAAACGGUGGAAAAUUUCUGCGUCCACAGCAAGAACGGCUACUACAAUGGGCACCUAUUCCAUCGAGUGAUCAAGGGCUUCAUGAUACAGACCGGCGACCCGACCGGUACCGGUACCGGCGGUCAGUCGAUUUGGGGCGGGGAGUUUAAGGACGAAUUCUGCUCGACGCUCAAGCACGAUCGGCCGUACACGAUCAGCAUGGCCAACGCGGGACCGAACACGAAUGGCAGCCAAUUCUUUAUCACCGUUCUGCCGACGCCUUGGUUGGACAACAAACACACCGUUUUCGGAAGAGUGCACAAGGGCAUGGAGGUAGUGCAGAAUAUAUGCAACGCGAAAACCAACCCCAAAACCGACAAACCGUACGAUGAGAUUCGCAUCAUCUCAAUCAACCUAUCGUAGGGGAAUUGUAAAGGUAAAGUGCCCAAUAAAGAAUUCACAACGUGUGGU